GAGAUUUUCAAAAGACAUGGCCACAGCAAGGCGUAUUAAAACUGCAACAGAAGAACUCAUGGAGGCCUCAGCCUUAGCAUUACCACGUUUGGAAGAUCGGCAUAUGAACCUGUUGGAUCUCUGGGAAUGGUACAUCAUUUAUGAUAUGGCUGGCUAUAUUGUGCAUAGUAUCAAAAACAGUAGCAUGAAAGUCUGUGACACAUGUCUCAGUUCUGUCCAGUGGAAGGCAAGUGGCCAUCAUCCCUAUGCUCGACUUGUUGAAUUGCGAAACUACAAAGAUAAUAGUUUAAUUGAGGUCUCAGAUGACUGCUUUAGGGCUAUUAUAAAGUCUGAAAUAACAUUUAGAGAAGUAAGAGAUGACUUAUGUGAUGUAACUUAUAUUGAUAUUAUAAAUUUCCUUAUGAUGCAAAUGGAAUACGUGUGGGAGGGGUGUAGCAUUCCUUCUUGCCAUUCCAUUUGCCAAAAAAUUCUGCAUAAGUUCUUUACAAUGAGAUUCCGCUGUUACAGUAUGAAACGGUGUGAAGAAUUGAAAACUCUUAACACACACGCAUACGGCAGUAAAACAAUGGCUAUGCACACCUCCGUGGAAUAGACUCAACAGUGAUUUCCAAAUAGCUCAGUCUUAUAAGUUACUGUGAUAUUAUUCGUAUUCAGUUUGUAUUACUGUUUGCAUUUUAUGCAUUUUUUGUAUUUUAUAUUUUGUUAUUAUGUAUUUUAUGUUUUCCACUUAGUGACAUUGUUUGUGAUAUACCUAAGUUAAAGUAGCUUAGCAAAGUAGUUUUUUGCAAAUUGUAAUAUUUUGUUUUCAUUUUUCUAUGAAAGUUUAAUUACAACAAAAAUAAAGAGUACAGCAAAUAAGAUCUUUUUCUUUUUAUUACUCUCUAACAAUUAUAUAAAAAUCAUUAAAAAUU